AAGAAACCACAGGUUGCUUUACUUUUACCAAAUUAACCCGAUACGCCAAUGAAGUAGUUUUACUUAUAAUUUGUUUUAAAUGUGCAUGUAGUGAUAAGUGCUAUCAUAUCUUUGAUGUAGAACAAUAAUUAGUGUUGUUGCAUUCUUUUCUAGUUUAUUGCAUAAUGUUCAGUGCCAAAGGUUCCUCACUAUCGAUACUGAUAUUAAGUUUAGCUUCGUACAUUACUGUCAAUCAUUUAUUCGCGCCUAGGGUACAUAAAAUAAAUGAAAAUGUUUGGUGGGGGGUGGGUCCAGAACAGAAUAACGAUACGGAAAUUAGGGAGUUUAAUAUUAACGUGCCAGAAGAGGUAAUCACGGACUUGAAAUGGCGGCUAAAACACCAUCGACCUUUUCGUCCUUCGAUAGGCACGGCGAAUCAGUACGGCACCAACUCGAUAUUCCUAGACGAAUUUAUCGACCACUGGGAAAAUCACUACAACUGGACAGAAAGAGAAAUCUUUCUGAAUAAAUAUCCGCAGUUUAAAACGCGAAUUCAAGGCCUAGACAUACAUUUCAUUCACAUUAAGCCCGAUACGGACGAAAAUAAGAAAGUGUUACCGAUGCUGAUGGUACACGGCUGGCCUGGGUCGGUCAGAGAAUUCUACGACGUCGUCGACAUAUUGACCAAUAACAUCAAUAGGAAUUAUACUUUGGAACUGGUCAUUCCUAGUCUGCCUGGAUUUGGAUUUUCUGAAGCUACAACUAAGCCGGGGUUGAGUCUGGCUCACACGGCUGUGUUGUUUAAAAAGUUAAUGAACAGAUUGGGUCAUGAAAAAUUCUAUCUUCAAGGUGGCGAUUUGGGAGGAAUAACGCUUCAAAUUCUCAGUGCGCUUUAUCCGGAGUCGGUGCUAGGAUAUCACACCAAUUUCCCCGUAGUAUACACUUUGAAAAGUUAUAUUAAACCGAUUUUAGGAGUGUUAUACCCAUCCUGGAUUGUAAAGCCCGAACACUACGAGAGGGUUUACCCUCUUAAAGAUCGUGGUUUGUUUAUAUUCCGUGAAAGUGGAUAUUUUCAUUUGCAAAGUACAAAACCAGAUUCACUAGGAGUUGCAAUGGAUAACUCACCCGAAGGUAUGGCGGCGUAUUUCCUAGAGAAAUUUAUCACAGGUUCCAAUUUCACCUACAUAAACAAAUUUAGUUCUAAAGAUCUAAAAGAGAAAUUUAGUUUUACUGGUCUCAUCGAUAAUCUUAUGCUCUAUUGGGUCACUCAAACAGCCUCAUCAUCUUUUAGAAUGUACUUCGAAUCAUUUGAGGAUGGCUUUUGGACUGACAGUAUAGCUUUAAUGAGUACUCCACUUAGUGUACGAACCGCUAUAUUUCGUAGCAAGUAUGAUCUCUACAUGGCAGAUGGAGUUCUCAAUGAAAUAUUCACCAAUAAUAUUCAGUUGAAUGAUUAUGAUGCCAGUCAUUUUCCAGCUUUUGAAAUUCCACAGACGUUCUCUGAUGAUCUGCUAAAUGCCGUUGACAAAUUUGAAGCUGAACAGAUUUGAUUGUUAUUUUCAUUUGAAUUAGUUAUUUUCAUUUGAAUUAAUUAGAAUAAGAUAAUAAAGUAUAUUGUUUUGUUUUAUUUUUGUGUCACAUUUAAAUAAAGUUGCUUAGAAAUGUCUGUUUAUAACAGUGAAAAAUAAAAUCAUUUGUUAGAUUCAAGUAAAAUAAAUAUUGCUUUCAUAA